AUGACCAGAAUGUCGCCCUUCGAUGUUCCCUUUGACGAGCUUCCCAACCCCAAACAGGUGUGGGUUGGAGAGCCUGGCAGCUAUGAAGAAGGGCUUGGGAAGCUAGCUAUCCUGACACCCGAGGUCGUGGCGAGGGCUGCCGCAAGCGAAAUUAGAACCGGUCGACGAGUGACUAUGGGCUGGGAUUUGACCAAAUUGGAUUUCCCAAAUUUGGGUCGCCAACCAUGUCGGCACAAGAUCGUUCCACUUCUAGGCGGAAUAGCCUUUGAUGACAUCUAUACUAUGAAUCCACAACAAAGUAGUCAAUGGGACGGCCUUCGCCACUUUUCGCAGACGGUUCCUGGUCAGACCCAACGUGUUUUCUAUGGAGGCACGACGGCUGACGAGAUCAAUGACCGGGGAAACGAUCGUAUAGGCCUGCAGCAUUGGGCGCGGGAAGGAAUCGCAGGGCGUGGAGUGUUGAUAGACUACACAACGUGGGCGGAGAAAAAAGGAAUGGAGUACAGCACGUUUUCGACGCAUCAGGUCCGACUCUCCGAUAUCCUGGAAAUCGCCGAGGAAUCAGGCAUCAUCUUUCAAAAAGGUGACAUCCUCUUUGUUCGUGUCGGUGUGACCAAGGAGUGGGAUACCGUGAUGACGGACCAGCACAAGCAAAAGUACUCGGAGGAUCCCAGUCCCGAGCAUGCAGGGGUAGAAGCUACCACAGACGUGCUGCGAUGGCUCUGGGAUUCCGGGUUUGCGGCAAUCGCUAGUGACACCAUCAGCUGGGAGGUCUACCCCCCGCAGUCGGAUAUAUUUCUACACGAAUAUGUACUUGCUGGAUGGGGAAUGCCAAUAGGUGAGCUAUUUGAUUUAGAAGCACUGGCUCGCCUGUGUCAAGAAGUCCAACGCUGGACUUUCUUCGUGACAUCGGUGCCAUUGAACAUGUCGGGCGGAGUCUCUUCGCCGCCAAAUGUCAUGGCAAUCUUCUGA